AUGCACGCGUCUGGCUCGUCGCCCUACGAUCCCUCGCAGCAGCAGCAGCCGUCGUUCCAACCGCGCGGCAUUGCCUGGGGCACCAGCGUCGCGCGACUGACGGACCACGUCAGUCACAGCGAGUGUCUGGUGGCCUGUAACGCGUCCCCCAGCAGCGAGUACUCCACCAGCAGCGGCUCCGACUCGGAGGAUGACGUCAGCAGGGGCGGCAAGGCGCGGCUGCCAGCGCGGAUGGCGGUGAAGGCGGAGUUUCUGCAGGCGAGGGAGGCGGAGGCUGCUGUGGAGGAGGAUGGGCCCAUCCCGCGCAUCACUGAAGACAAGGUAACGCUCAGCUUCGCACGCAGCGGAGGGCCCGGAGGGCAGAACGUCAAUAAGUUGAACACAAAGGUGGACAUGCGAUUCAAUGUGCUCGAUGCUGAUUGGCUGCCUGAGCGGAUAAGAUGGAAGAUUCUGGAGCAGGUAAGUGCUGCUCGUGACUGGUUCCUGUAG